CAGCAGCUCAGGUGACCUCUCAGGUAGAGAAAUACAGAGAGAACAGACAGAGAGAGAGAGGCGGGAGGAGGGAGAAGGAGAGGGGAGCAGUUAGUGAUAUAAAGGAGGGGGAGACCGAGGGAAAGUAGGCUGUAAACAAAUUGACUGAGGCUGAACUGAGACACAUCUACAGUCAAAUAAAAGCUAUUGGAGACUGAAUGGACAACUGAAAUAGUCAGACAGGGCUCUGUGUUCCUCUUCCUACUUCACAACAUUGCAACUGUGGCAAGAAGAAAAUAAUUGAAGAAAUGCACAAAAAUGAAGGCGUAUGACAACGGCAAUAUCACAUGUUGAGAAAGACUGACACAGAAAAGCUCACAGAAGGAUACAAGAGAAGAGAAGAGUGACCAGAGAGAUCAGGAGUGAAAGCAAAAGAAGCUCCACAGAAGAGAAUAAAAACACCAGAGCACUUUUCAAAGGUCUGUGAGGAGUUCUCGAGCAGCUUCAGAAAUCUUCCCUCCACCUCUGCAUCAUGGCCUCUGUGGGGAUGCAGAUGCUGGCCAGUGCCCUGUGCCUCCUGGGUUGGGCAGGGGUCAUCAUCAGCUGCAUAAUGCCCAUGUGGCGGGUCACGGCCUUCGUGGGCACCACCAUCAUCACGGCCCAAAUUAUCUGGGAGGGUAUCUGGAUGACCUGUGUGGUUGAGAGCACAGGGAAGUUCCAGUGUAAACCUUAUGAGUCUCUCCUUGCUCUCAGUGCAGACCUGCAGGCCGCCAGGGGUCUAACUGUCCUCGCCAUCGCUACAGGUGGCGCUGGCCUCAUUCUGGCCUUCUUUGGAGGGAAAUGCACUCGCUUUUUGGAUAAAGAAGGAGGCGGGGUUAAGGGCAAGGUGGCUAUAACAGCAGGGGCAGUGUUGAUUGCCACAGGGCUGCUGUGUUUGAUUCCCACAUUGUGGACGGCCUUGGCUGUGGUGAGGAACUUCUACAGCGCCGCCACAGAUGCUGAGCGGAGGGAGAUUGGAGCCAGUCUCUACAUUGGCUGGGGAGCAUCCAUCAUGCUUAUUCUGGGAGGGGGUUUGUUUAUCAGCUCAGCAUUCCCCCUCAAAGCCCACGACGCAGACAAGAGCCUCUCUGUCCGCUACCUGGUGGUCCGCUCCAGCAACGGGUCCAACCAACCAGGUUCUCAUCGUAGCAGAGUGCCACCAACAGUGUCUCAGCCUUUCGGAGCGGUGCUUCCCAGGUCUCAAAGCUACGAGGGAGCAUCAACAAAGUCCCAGCUGUACACAAGGCCUCCUUGGGAGGACAGGCCUGAGCAGGGCUCAGGGCAGGAGUCAGAAAGAUCAUGGGCACCAUCAACAAAGUCUCAGAUGAAAAGACCAGAGUCAACAAAAUCUGAACACAGUGAGGCGCCGUCUACAAAGUCUCAGCUGAAACGAGCAGAAAUGGAAGAUAAUUUAUCAGUCAAAAAUGAAAAUGAGGAUACAUCCUCAAAUCCAGGGAGAACAUACCUAUAAUAUAGGCACACAUACAUACACACAAAUGCAACACAUUCAUAUAUACAUACUUAGGUUACACACACAAUACAGAAGUUUUUGAAGAAUUAUUUAGAAGUAGUAGUUUACUUAUUCUGUGAUUGUUUACUACAUAUAUGUGUGUGUGUGUGUGUGUUUAUAUAUAUAUGUAUAGUUAGCUUUUUACUCCUUGUUUUGAUCAAAGGACAAAAGGGAAAAGGUCUGGACUACACUCAUCAAUAUGCAGGAGAAUAGCAGUUAUGUUAUUUGCACUAAAACUGAACUUAACACCAAAUACAGAAACAAACUAAAUCCAGGUGCAAGUGAAGUAUGCUAUUGUUGUCUUCUUUUUCAAAAAUGAACUUGUUAAUGUGACACUGGUAUCGACUUUUGUUUCUCACUGUUUAAAUGCGCUCUGAAUGAGGAUAAAUCUGUGGGCAUUAAGAAAUGUACCUCAGACUUUUCAGCUUGUUUGUGUCUGCUGGACAUACAGCAACCUGAAUGCAACAUGAGUAAUGAAGGAGCUUGAAGCACCCUGUAAAGAUUUAGCUUUUGCUUUUUGUCACAACUGUGAAAUGUGAUUUUAUGUAUUUUAUUUGGACAGAUAUUAACAUAACACUAACAUGCUAACAUGUCAGACAUGAGCUGAAAAGAGCAUUUCUUUUAAAGUUUACAGCAUCCCCCUGGACAUUCAGUCCUCUUACUGGCUGUUAAAAUCCACAGGACAAACUGGUUUGACCGAGAGUGUGGUUACAGUGGAGGAGUGUCGUGUUAGAGGAGAGAGACACAAUGUGCUUGCAGAGGUUUCAAACUUAGUUUCAGAGACUCAUGUUUAUGUUCCAUAAACAUGAGUCAUAAACAUGUCGUUUUAGUUUUGCUUAUUCAAAUGUGCAGUAGCAUCAUUAUCUAGUCAUAAUCUAAUGCUGCCAGUUGUCCAAAAUGCAAAAUACACAAGUUCUACUUUAGAGAAGACUUUGUGUUAUGGAUAGAUACGUGACUUAAACCUGUACAAUUGUAUUUACUAAAUACUGUAAGUACAUGAAUACAUAAGUAAGGAAGAAACUAAAAAAAUCAGUAGGUCGUACAAAAAUAAAACAACAACGAAGUAAGUUAAACAUUUAAACUUUUAGAAAUAAAAACCCCACUCAGGUUUGUUUCAUUUCACUUCACCCACUGGUAGGCCACUUAGGCACAGGAUUCAUGCUCAUGAAACACUGCCAUCUGGUGGCCUGUGGUGCACAAAAACUGGACUCAAAAAUUGUUGAAUAAUAUAAUGACAAUGACGAUGGUUCUCACAUCUAUCUAUCUAUCUAUCUAUCUAUCUAUCUAUCUAUCUAUCUAUCUAUCUAUCUAUCUAUCUAUCUAUCUAUCUAUCUAUCUAUCUAUCUAUCUAUCUAUCUAUCUAUCUAUCUACUUUAUUAUACCAGCAGAUGUUUUAAUAACCCAAUGGGAAAAAAUCUGAUUAUAUUUUACAUCAAAGGCAUUUUGAUAUUACUUGUACUGUUGUAAAACUGUGUAAAAAGUGUGAAGUGUGAUAAAAGUUGUGUCAAAAUGGAAAAGAAAAGUGUUUUGGGGGCAUUGUAAGCCUUUAUUACAGUCAGUAGAAAGAGAUGACAGGGAACAAUCUAGAGAGAGAUGUAACAAAGGUCCCUGUCUGAACUCACUUUAUCUUAUCUCUACGUACAUUGCUCGGAAACCCUGCUGCCCAAAUUAACCUAACUGUCAAGACACUUAAAAUAAAGACUAAAAUGGUAAUAUAAUGACUCACUGACUGUUCAAACAUAUCACACUUUUUCAAAUAAAUGACAACAAUGACAAUGUU